UGACACUUCCACAGCGUGAUGUAUUUCGAUUUCUUUGAUCAUGCAGUUUAAAAGUCUUGUAUAUAGUUUAGGUCACAGCUAUAAACAACUACUAAUAUAAUGAAAUAGUAAAAACCAGAUGAAUCUGACGUCACAGUCACCUGUGAAACGGGGUAAUUUUGAUAGUAGUGAGGAUGGGAGUAUGCUAUAAUCGUAGUACAGCGUAGCGUAAACGCGAACUGUCACGGCCAUUCUGUUGUUAGGAGUAUAUGUUGGCCUUUUACUUUUUAUGAAACGUUUGUAUUUUAAGAGUUAUAGACGUUUCCGUGUAGUACGAGCCAUCCAAGUGAAUGACCAUAAAUCUACGACAGGCGGGCGGCCGCCAUCUUCCAGAUGAGUUUUUCUUGGUUCUGGCGAAAACGAAGUAUUUUAUUUCAAUUAAUAUGUGCAACAGGGCGUUUAAAUUGAUUAAUAGUUGAUUUGAGUUGGAAGAAUACUCUCCGAGGAACACUUAAGACUCAGUCUCAAGAUUUCAGAGAUCAUAGAAUGCAGUAUUUGGGAUGACUGAUAAUCGGUGGAAUUCUGGUGGUGGGAUGUCUGCGGCAGAAAUUGCGUUACAAACGACGAUCGGACAGAGGAGACCGUCCGAGCUAAGCCCUCAACCGCCUGCCCCUGUUGCUUACGAAGCGGGAGUAACUGCCGUCCUCGGGGCGAAAAUCAACGACGUCCACACGUCGCUAUCCAACCUGGGAUUCAACCGCAGCAGCACACUGGAAAACAUUUCGCCUAAAACAUCGAGAGGGGCGGCCCGGUUAUAUCGCGGCGCGGGUGUCAAGAUGGAGCACCUGCAGGCGGUGCUGGACCCCAGGAAACAGGAACUACUGGAGGCGCGCUUCCUGGGCCAGAGGGGCGGCGGGGCGGAGUACGGGACGUCCGCUAGCUGCCCGCAGUGCCCCGCCGCGCGCUGCGGCCUGCCCACUACCACGGCCGUUGACUGGGCUGCCGUCUCCAACUCCCGGGAGCGACAGAUGUCAGCUGGUUCUCAAAUUCAGAUGGCACCACAGACAAAUGUCAAUUCGGGCCAACCAGUUCAUAGUCAAGACUCCAAUAUGAGUACAGGUUCAUCUCACAGUGACAAAGAGGUGGACCCAAAUACUCCAGAGAAACUCCCUCGUUCAGCUUCAGAGCAAAGAAAGCGCAAGCGAAAGGUGGAUGAUGGAGGAGGGGGAACGGUUGUGGGUGCAGGAGUACCAGUGGGGGCAAAGGGGGCAAGGGCAAGUGACAACAAGAAGAUGACAGAAUAUUUCCCAAAGCAUGCGAGCAACAGUCCGAUUAGGCACGGGGGCUCUAAAAGUCCAUCACCACAGCAAGGGUUUAUGUCACUUUUGUUACAGUACCCACCAUCACCACAACCAAUACUGCAGUCCCCACAGACACCAGUGCAGGGUGUACCACCAGAAUACAGUAUGAUGCACCCUCCUAGGCCUCCACCUACGGUCAGCAAGCAUGUUCAGACUGAAUUAACAUGCCAAAGGAUACAAGAGUUUGAGACACAGGCUUCGUCUGACCUCGAGUUGCGGAACAAUAAAAUAGAUGAGCUGAACCGGUCAAUGGAGGAGAUGAGGCACCAAAUAGCUCAUCAACAGAAACAAAUGGAGCAGCAUAAAUCUCACAUAAAUAAAUGUAUAGACGUUGUGAAGAAGUUACUAAAGGAGAAAUCAAAUAUUGAGAAGAAAGAAGCACGGCAGAAAUGUAUGCAAAACAGAUUGCGUUUGGGUCAGUUUGUUACUCAGAGGGUAGGGGCAACUUUCCAAGAGAACUGGACAGAUGGAUAUGCUUUCCAGGAGCUUGCCAGGCGACAAGAAGAAAUUACUGCAGAAAGAGAAGAAAUAGAUAGGCAAAAGAAAAUGCUCUUAAAAAGGAGGCCAUCAAAUAAUGAAACGGGUCGGAAACGUAAUAGUGGUCAAGCAAGUCAAGGAGCAGCUAUCCUGCACAAUGGUACGGAUGCCACGUUCCUGAAGCCUGAUGCUGUUCCAGGCCUCUCUUGGCAAGAAUACUAUGAGUCUGAUGAAAUUCUUAAGUUGCGGCAAAGUGCCCUGAAAAAAGAAGACUCAGAUCUGCAGCUAGAAAUGGAGAAACUGGAACGGGAACGAAACCUUCAUAUUCGCGAAUUGAAAAGAAUUCACAAUGAAGACCAGUCUCGUUUCAAUAACCAUCCUGUGCUGAAUGAAAGGUACCUCUUGUUAAUGCUGCUGGGUAAAGGUGGAUUCAGUGAAGUUCAUAAGGCCUUUGACUUGAAAGAGCAGAGGUACGUAGCAUGCAAGGUACACCAAUUAAAUAAAGACUGGAAGGAAGAUAAGAAAGCUAAUUACAUCAAACAUGCACUGAGGGAAUACAACAUUCAUAAAGCGCUCGAUCAUCCUAGGGUUGUCAAGUUGUAUGAUGUAUUUGAAAUAGAUGCCAAUUCGUUUUGUACUGUUCUUGAAUACUGUGAUGGCCAUGACCUGGAUUUUUAUUUGAAACAGCAUAAAACAAUUCCAGAAAGAGAAGCUCGCUCCAUUGUGAUGCAGGUUGUCUCUGCUCUGAAAUACCUCAAUGAGAUAAAGCCCCCUGUUAUUCAUUAUGACCUGAAACCUGGAAAUAUCUUACUUACUGAAGGCAAUGUCUGUGGAGAAAUCAAAAUUACAGACUUUGGUUUGAGUAAAGUAAUGGAUGAAGAAAAUUAUAAUCCUGAUCAUGGUAUGGAUUUGACAUCACAAGGAGCUGGCACUUACUGGUAUCUGCCUCCAGAGUGUUUUGUAGUAGGAAAGAACCCCCCAAAAAUAUCUUCGAAGGUUGAUGUGUGGAGUGUGGGAGUAAUAUUUUAUCAGUGUCUUUAUGGAAAAAAGCCAUUUGGACACAACCAGUCACAAGCUACAAUCCUAGAAGAGAAUACAAUACUGAAAGCAACUGAAGUUCAGUUUGCAAAUAAACCAACAGUUACAAAUGAAGCCAAGAGUUUCAUCCGAAGCUGCUUGGCCUACCGAAAAGAAGACAGAAUAGAUGUUUUCGCAUUAGCUCGUCACGAGUACCUGCAGCCACCCAUGCCAAAGCAUGUAAGGCAGAACAGUAGUCAGCAACAGUUGCAGCAGGCUGUUGCAGCCCAGCAGCAACAGCAGCAGCAGCAGCAACAGCAACAGUCAUUCAGCACAGGAAUGUUCGGUGGCAUGAAUGCAUCAAGUUCAUCGUAGUGUAUGUGUGGCGCGUGUGCCGUGCCGUGUUGUGCUGGGGGGCCCACAGACAGUUUUAGGGCAACGUGGAUGACAUUUUCUUAUUUACGCGUUAAUAAACAAACAUAUUUUCAGCAAAACAGACCAGCUAUGGGACAAAGUGCUGCUCAUUUUCCUCUUCCAGUCUGGUUUUUAUUCAUUUUAUGCCCUCGCAGAGGCCUGUUUUCACCCAUGAAGCGCAGUUUAUUUUAUUUAUUCUCCUUUACAAAUAUAUUACAUCAUUAGAAGCAGGAAAUAAAACUCCAAAAAGUGCUCUCAAGUACGUAACUCUUGGUAUAGCUCCAGCGUAGGACAGUGCUCCAUUUAUUUUGUGUCACUAGGCAGUAGGAUAUGUAAACUGAUGCUAAAUGAUAUUUGCUUUAGACAUGUUCAGUAAUUCUAUAUUAAGAUAAAUAUUGAAGUUUUUACAUGGAAUGCAGAACAUUACAUGAAAGUAAAUCUCAUGGAGUGCUCAUUUGCUUUCCACCUGGCACAGUGUCAUUUGCAGAAUGCAUGCCAUUAGUUAAGCAGUGAAUUUAUAUGUGCUCAAACUUAAUAGAAAAUCUUGUGAUGUUAGUCUGAUGAAUGAACUGACUUUUUAAUGAAUGAUCUGUGAUAUAAAUGUGAUUGUACACAUUUUCUUGAACGUGACAGAUUUUAGUUAACUGAUAUGUUUUAAUGUCCAGUUUAAUUUAUUAUCAUGUUGUAGCUCAUAAUUACAUUGUUUUCCAUUUGCCAUAUAUUUUGUAAAAUUAAAACUGUAGCUGUAUUGUUUUGCAUUAUUUUGGCAGGUGGGAAGCAGAUACAGUUUUCAGUUGCAUUUGUAAAUGAAUUGUGCAGGAAAAUUUUUAACAUGAUUUCUGUACAGUGGAACUGACUAAAUGAAAUAAGUUUGCAAGAAGUAAUGUGAUGUUCUGCGGUAUUUCAGGCAAAUUAAUAUUUGGAGCAAGAAAUUUAUGGUUAAAUCUCUAUAUAAUACAUACAUAUUCUGACCUACAUUUGCACAGAAUAAUGUAAACCAUUCAUAAUAGAACUUAACAGAUCAACUGAUAAUGUUCUGGUCUAGGAAAUCUGUCUUUCUAGUACUGGUAAAUGUUUCUGUUCUGUUGUGUUGCACACCACAGGUCUUUAAUCAUGUUGUUUACUGUUGUUUUGAAUAGUGAGUUCCCUAUACUGAAGUGCUUUAUUGGUGCUCGAUGAUGUUCGCUCCUCCUGGGAGAAUGUGCGCAGGACAAUAUUUUUGCGGCACCUUAAGAAGUUCCUCGUUGUAGUGUAGAGGCACUGCCAGUGGGAUGCUUGUAUAGAGCAGAGGGGGGGAGAAAUACUUGUGUAUGUAUGUGUAUAUGUAUAUAUCUAUAAAUAAAACAAAUCCCUGCCCUCAUCUGCUGGGACAGCAAAGUUAUUCGGUGAGCUUAUCGUUGAAUCAAAGUUCGCUGAAGUGUUAAUGAAGUGAACUGUUUGUUUGACUUUCUCUACUGGAUCAUAAAAGUAGGGAUGUGUAUGUUUUCUGUUUUGUUAUUCCCGUGUGGAAGUGAACACUGUGUAUACAUAUGUAGUGUAAAGCUUUAGUAACUUGAAAAGUGCGAGUGCAGGUGUGUGUGAAGUAUUCCGUGAAUAUUUCAACACUUCUCUCUUCCCAUCCCCCUGCUGAUGCUUCUUCUGCUGCUUCCGUGUUGACAAAAUGUCACUGGUCCAUAUGAUUUAAAUUUUAUUUCCUGUCUGGUUUUGUAAAAACAUAAUUGUUGAUUUCGAAAACAAUUUUUACAACAUGGAAACCACUGAAUUGUGUAAUAGUCUGAGUAAAAAGUGGUAAUGUAUUUAAAAUUAUAUAAAAGGCAACUCAAAUUAA